AUGCCACGCAUACCCUUCUUCCGCUUCCCGACCAAGCUCCGCCGGCGCGUCCGCCGCAACCGCAUGGCCACGCUCGCCCUCCUCGCGCUGCUCGCCGCGCUGCUGCUACUCGUGCCCCUGUGGUCGCUGUGGUGCGUCUACAAGCCGCCGCGCUUCCUGCUCGGCCUGCUGCGCGCGCGCUACCCGGACGUGCUCUUCGAGGCCACCACCGCCGAGCGCCUCGUCGCGCUGUCCCUCGACGACGCGCCCUCCGCGCACACCGACGAGAUCCUCGCCGCGCUGCGCGAGCACGACGCGCGCGCCACCUUCUUCGUCAUCGGCGAGCAGGUGGCCGAGGCGGGCAGGGAGGAGGUGUUGCGGAAGGUGGUGAGGGGCGGGCACGAGCUGGCGAACCACGGGAUGCGCGACGAGCCGGCGACGAGGCUGGCGCUGGACACGCUGGAGCGGGAGGCGGGCGAGGUCCGGGCGAAGCUGGUGGCCGCGUACGAGGCGGAAGGGAAGGUGCUGGAGAACAACUACUACCGGCCCGGGUCGGGGUUCUUCAACACCAAGAUGAGGGACUUGCUGGGGAACAGGGGGUACAGGAUCACGCUGGGGAGCGUGUACCCGCACGACCCGCAGAUUCGCAGCCCGGAGCGCAACGCGGCGCACAUCCUGAGCAUGGCGCACCCGGGCGCGAUCAUCAUUUGCCACGACAGGAGGGAGUGGACGGCGCCGAUGCUGAGGAUGGUGCUGCCGGCGCUGAAGGAGAGGGGGUACAGGGUGGUGACCAUCACGGAGCUGGUCAAGGCGGCGGAGCCCUUGGGGGGACGACGGUGA